AUGACAAUGCAGAGAAGACAGAGACUGGCAGAGUGUUGGGCGAAGAUCUGUGUCUCGGGGGAUGAGCAAAAGCAGAAGCGGCUCCAGGAAUUCCCAGGGCCCGCCGACACCCCCGCAGCAUCCCCUCCUCGCACGCACUUCCAUCGCACAAAUCACACCAGUCCCAUUCAAACCAGCCCGGACGCGAUCCCGUGCGCUCGGACGUUCUCUUCGGCGUUCUCUCCGGAGAGCCCUAGUCGUAGAGCCGCUCGCCCCUUGGUCGCGCGCGCCCUUCGCCGCGCACACGCCGGCACUGCCGCGGCGGCAGCGGCUAACGCGUCGCCGCCGCUACCUGCCGUACAACGGCAAGGGUCCCCCGGGGGAAGAAGUGCAGCGUUGGAAGGAGGAUCCGCCGACGGCGCCGCCGCUGCCGCCGCCGCCGGGGGCAGCAUAUUCGACGUCGCUUUUGACAAAGAGAAUCGCCGUUUCGCGACUGGGGACGCGACUGGAACCGGCAAGGAGGUGGGGGAAGUGGCCGCGGCUGCGGCGCCGAUUCCGGCGAUGCCGUCGUACGGGACGCCGGCGCGACCGCCUCGGGUCCCACGCCGCGACGGUGCUGGCGGCGGCGGCGGCGGCGGCGCCGUCACCCCGGAACGCGGACUCCCCCCCGGCGGCUGCACUGCAGGGCCCGCGUGGGCGGCAAUGGAUGGCGGCGGCGGCGGCGAUGAGGAUGAGUUGGAUGAGGUGCCGCCGACACCGCUGUCUCAGAUACGGCGAUCCGGGCCCGGCGGCGGCGGCGGAGCGGCGGGAGGUGGCCGCUGCAGUGGAGGACGGCGGCUCGCCAGCGGCGGCGGCGGCGGAGGGCUGUUUUCACCACCUCGAUCUGGCGGCGGCGGCGGCGGUUGCGAUGGGGGUUCUGCCGUAAAGGAGACGCCGCCGGAGAGCAUUCGCCGUCGAAGUAGAUUAUUCGAAAGCCCUGGGGGCGGCGGCGGCGGCGCUAGGGUUCCUCUGUCACCCGUACCGUGCCGGCUUGAUGCUAGCGGCGUCGGCGGUGGCAGCGGACUGUUCAGUGGCUGCGGCGGCGGCGGCGGUUUGUUUGGGAACGUCGCCACCAACGGCGGCGGCGACGGCGGCGCUGCAUGUCCUCCACGGUGCGGAGUGGCUCCGAGCCCGGGUCGUGCGUUGGCUAGGCAGCUCAUGCAGCGGCGGCCUGCGGGGGUUACGGCCGCUGCAGCGGCGGCGGCGCCGCUGCCGCCAGCGGUAGUUGCCCGUAAUCCUUUUAGUCGCGUGGCGAGAAUGAAGACCGCUGCACAGCGGGAAGGAGAGGCCGCAGCCGCCGCGAUGGCGGCGGUGGCAGCUAUGCAGGCAGAGCAGGCUGCAGCCGAGGCGCCGACGGGGGCAGCGGGACCCCCAGCUCCCCCGGCCGGGCCCAAGCGCCGUACCAGAUCCCACGCGGCCAAGGGCUUCCCGGUGGCAGCGGUGGCGGCUGUCGCUACUACAGCCGACGGCGCUGCCGCCGCCGCCGCGGCGGCGGAAGCGGCGGCAGCCUCUUCCACACCGAUGCGGCUGCUCCGUCGGGCCCAGGAGGAACGGCAGCAGCGACAGGAGCCGGCGGCGGGGCCCGACGGCGGCGGCGGCGGGGCUCCGCCGGGUUCACCCUUCAGUCCAAUACUACCUGUACGGCGGCGGCCGCUGCUGACGGCGGGAGUGGAGAACGGCGGCGAGGGGGAUGCGGACUUCAACGCAUUCUUCGCCGCCCGUGCCGCAGAGGCGGCGGCGGCGGCGGCAGCGGUGGUGCCGUCCGCCGCCAUCGCCGCCUGGCGCCGAGAUGACGGCGACGCCGACGACGUCGCGAUACGGAGGCUGGCGGAAGGGUAUGACGCUCUUGCCGCUGACGCAGACGCUGCGCUGGCGCUCGGCGGCGGCGGCGGCGUCGCCGCUGCAGGGCCUGGUACGGCAGCGGCGGCGGGACGGGGUGGCCGUCAGGCGUCGUUGUACGGCGAUGCGCAGGCGGAGAUGCGACGGCUGAUAGUGGAGCAAGCGUCCGAGGCGGUUGAUAUGGACAAGCUGGCGUUACUGGGUCCCCGCGGCGCAGCGGCGGCGGGUUUUCGAUCCCCCGGUGCCGCCGCCGCCGCCGCCACAACGGAUGCCGUCGGUGGCGCUGGCGGUGUCUGCCGCGACGGAAGGUUCCGGCAUGAGCCGCCGGCGCAUCCCGCAGCAGCGCUGACGGCGGCAGCGGGGCCGGCAGCGGGGGCGGCUGCCGACGGCGACGUUUCAGGCGUGGCCGGCUGCGACGACGACGACGAGGAUGUCGAUGUGGCGGAGGCGCUUCUACCCAUUGCCGUACGUGACGAGAUCCGGCGGAGGCGCCGCGAGCUAAGAUGUCAACGUCAGGCGGCGGAAGCGCCAUCGCAGCCGCUGCUGGCGGAGGUGCCAUUGCAGCCGCCGCUGGCGGAGGCGCCAUCGCAGCUUGCCACUGCUGCGUCGGCUGAGGCAAUGGCGGCGGAGGCGGCGGCACCGCUGCCGCCAGCAGCAGCGACGGUGGCGUUACGUUCGGUCGACCGCCGUCAGGCACUACGGCGACAGCUUCUGGGUCCCACGCCGAUGCUGCCGUCGGCGGCGGAGGUGGCGGAGGCGGAACGAGCUGCUGCCGUCGGCGGCGUCCGUGCCGGUGCCUCAAUCCGCAAUCUUGGCGCCGACGUUGAUGGCAGUGCUGAGGCUGCUGCCGCUGCUCCCGCGGCAGCCGCUGCAAAUGACGGCGUUGACGGCACAGAUCAUCACGGCGCGACACGUGCCGGCCGCUGCAGCGGCGCCGACGAGGCAGUGGCUGGCGGAGGCGCUGUAGUGGCGCCGAGCCGCCACACUACAGCCACGGCUUCCGGUGCAGAUGGAGCUUAUACUGCGGCUGCACCAGUGGCGGCGGCGGCGGCGGUUACGGCAUCGCAGAAGAGCGGCGCUGGAGGUGACGGACAGGCGCGGCGGAGUGGCGGCGGCGGCGCUGGCGGCGUUGAUGCCGUGCCGCCGCGCAAGCCCGCAGCCGGCCGGGGCCGCGGUCGCAGCGGUCCUGGCGGCCGCGGCAGCGGCGGCGCUGCAAAUGGCGCUGCUGCAGCCCGACGUCGGAGCACGCCGCGCCGCAAGGUGGCGUUGGCGCUGGAUCCUUCAGAAGAGGAUGAGGCAGAGGACCCGGAAGUUGCCGUACAGGUGCCGUCGCGACGGCGACGGAAGGCCACGCCUAGCGGCAUUAACACUGACGGCGGCGGCGGCGGCGGGGCGGAGGAGCUUGUCAAACCCCCCAGGAGGACGACCCGGCGGAACACGGGUCCCCUGCAGGCGUCCCAGACCCGGCGGCGCCGCGUCAUUAACGGCAAGGUGGUUAUCACGGGCGGUCGAGUGCCGCACGCGGCGGGUCAGGGAGCGGACUUCCUGGAGGGCUUCGGGCAGGGCAGCCGCUGCUUCAAGUGCGGAGUCCGAGGGAAGCGGGGGGGAGGUGGGGAGCUAGACCAGCUGGUCCCCGGUAUACCCUCUCCCGACCAGAUCGUCACUGACCCACGGGUCGUUUCUGACGAUCAGUUGGCGGCUAUGCUGAGGGCAGUGUGGGGCCAUUCGGGUUUCAGAGGGCGGCAGUUGGAACUUGUACGAGCAGUGCUGGAAGGGACGAGCAUGCUGGCGGUGCUGCCGACGGGUGCUGGCAAAUCCCUCACCUACCAGUUGCCCGCUAUUUUGCUGCCGGGCGUUACCCUCGUUGUCUCCCCUCUUCUGGCCCUCAUGGACGACCAGCUGGCCAACCUCCCCCGGGUGCUCCAGGGGCGGGGUGCGAGUCUGUCCGGGGGGCAAACCCGAGAACAGGUGGACGCGGCGUUGUCCGCUGCGACCCGUGGGUCAGUGAAGCUCCUCUACGUGGCCCCCGAGAAGCUCCUAACGCCCUGGCUGCUGGCGGCACUGAGAAGGUUAAGAAUCAGCCUGAUCGCGGUGGAUGAGGCGCACUGUGUUUCGGAGUGGGGCCACUCCUUCCGGCCCGCCUACCUGCGGUUAGGACACGUGUUGCGGCGUGUACUGCAGCCACGGUGUGUUUUGGGGCUGACGGCUACAGCCACCACCCCGACGGCGGGUGAGGUGGCGGCGGUGCUGGGGUUGGCUCCAGAGGCGGUGAUGAGGGAACCGCCGCUGCGACAGAACCUGCGACUCAAGGUCUUGCACAUGCAGCCCGGCGCCUCCGAGUCGGGUGCCUCCCGUACGGCACUGCUGCAGCUACUGCGUUCCCAGGAGCUGGCUGCCGUACAGUCCGUACUUGUGUACGUGGCGAUGCAAUGGCAGGCCGAUGAGGUGGCGGGAUGGUUGCAGAGCACUCAUGGAAUAUCGGCCAGUUCGUACCAUGCAGGUCGUCCCCUCCCCGACCGCAAUGCCGUGGCCACGUCUUUCCGCACUGGUCGUACACGAGUGGUGGUUGCUACAGUUGCCUUCGGAAUGGGAGUUGACCAUCCAUCCAUCGGGGCUGUCGUACAUCUACAGAUGCCCAGGUCGUUGGAGGACUAUGUACAGCAGGCGGGUCGAGCAGGUCGCGACGGGAGGGAGGCUCGGUGCUACCUGUUUCUAGAUGACCAGGAUUAUCAGCGGUAUCGAUCUCUGGUAUAUUCCGGUUGCACCGAGCUGUCGGCAGUGGAAGCCUUCCUCACCCGCGUCUUUGCGCCACAGCCGCUACUGCCGCCAUCGCCGCCAGAACUGCCGUACAAGCACCACAAUGACCCAGACCACCACCAUAACGGCGGCGGCAGCACUAGCAGCUUUGGUGUACUGCAGCUCAGUACGACGGCUUCUGAACUUGACAUUGGCGAGGAGGCGUUACGGCAGCUGUCACAACUGGCAGCGUUGGGACAGGUUCAUUUCGAGCCCGUACAGAAGUUGAAGGCUCUCAGUUGGCAGUUAAUACGGCGGCCGGCGCCGCCGCCGGGGGCGGCGGCGGGCAAAAGUGACGGCGGCUGGGCGGCGGCGGGUGUGUCGGCGCUGGCGGCGCAGAUUCACGCGCGGUUGGAGGCGCAGACGGCGGCGGCGGCGGCGCGACUGGAUAUGGUUUGGGGCCUUAUGGCUGGCGCUUUCCUGCAAGGUUUGUUUCAAUUUGGAUUUUUUCUUGCACAUGAUGUCGUACAGUCUUCGAACCUGGUGUUGGAGGUGGAGGCGUUUUUGACUGGGGCCAAGGCGCGGGCGGCUGCGAUGUCGAUGUCCCUGACCCCGGUGGCAGUGGCGCGAAUCCUCCACGGCUUGGCGGGUCCCGCAUUUCCAACAGACUCCUGGCGCAAGGCCCACGAAUGGGGCAGAUUCAAGGCUGUUGACUUUCCGUACGUGCGAGCCGUGGCAGCGAUGGUUCUGGCACGAAGGGCGGCGGCGGCGGCGGCGGCGGCAGGUGUUCCCGGCGGAGGAGUCCCGUCGGGCAGUGGCAGGACCAGGACCAUGCCGGGACUGCUGACGGCGGCGGCGGCGGCGGCGGCAGGUGGCGGCAAUCUCGCUAGCCGCAAACGGCGAUUAGAGGGGGGUGAAGCGGAUGAGGACGAGGGGGAUGGGGAACUGGAAGAGGAUGGCGUUUAG